GCAGAAAAACAAGUUACCUCCGGUAACCUUGCACGAGCUUUGCAAAGGAUGCCCAAUAUUAUGAAUGUGGACGUUGCGCAGCAGCUGGCAGAAAUUAAUACGACACUACAAAACAUAAAUAGCACCAUUACAACCAUGCAGAACAACAUGACAACCAUGCAGAACGAUAUUACAACCAUUCAGAACAACAUGACAACCAUGCAGACGAUAAGAAAACGUGUAAAUCUGGAAAUCGUUCCUGAUUUCAAUGGCAAUGUCCCACCAAAUUAUCCUCGAUCAAUUGAUGCAAUUCGCGCGCUAUCAG